ACAUAAUGAAACAAACUGACGGAAAUAAAUAAAAUUUUAAUUAUUUUCAUAAUAUUUUAAAUCAAAUAUAUCCAGAAACAAUUCCUUCUUUUAUAAAAGUUGAAUGUAUCUAGACAAAAAACAAUUACUGCUCCUGAUCUCUGACUGCUGGCGCGAAAAUGAAAGUAGGCAGGAGAUGGAAAAUCUUGAUAUAAACCCUAGAAUUAUCACAGGAAUCAAGAAAGCUGGCUUAAGAACAUUUGAAUCCAUUCUGAGUUUGUCCACACCAGACAUUGAAAGAUCUACAAAUCUGAGUUCCAGUGAUGUUCAAGUCCUGAAGACAGCAGUAGCACAGGCAGUCCCCAAACUUUCUGUCGUUUCAGCAUUAGAUAUUCUGCACAGAAACUGCCCCGAGACACUGGUAGUAUCUAAAUUGACCACGGGAUGUGAUGUUAUAGACAAAGCGCUGAGAGGAGGAAUUCUUUCUCAAGGAAUCACAGAAAUAGCUGGGGAGAGUGCCAGUGGUAAAACCCAGUUUUGUCUCCAACUUUGUCUGACGGUGCAGCUUCCUCCGAGCCUUGGGGGACUCAGUGGAGGGGCAGCUUAUGUCUGUACAGAAGAUAUCUUCCCAAACAAAAGACUUCAUCAGAUGAUUCAGUACUUCACCAGAAAAACAUCUGCUAAGCUGCCAAGUCCUGUCAGCUUUGGAGACCAAAUAUUUAUAGAACAUGUGUCUGACAUAGAAGAUUUGACACAGUGUAUCAGGAAGAAGCUGCCACUACUGCUGAGUAAAGGAGUCAUCAAGCUUGUUGUUGUUGACUCAGUGGCCGCCCUAUUCCGCUGCGAGUAUGAGGCAUGGGAGAUGGUGAAGCGGUCCAAACAUCUCACAUCCUUCGCGGCCACUCUCCACCAGCUCAGUCACCAGUAUGGCAUCCCCAUUGUCUGUGUCAACCAGGUGACGGACUCCAUGAAAACGGAAGAUACAAGGAAGCACGUCCCCGCUCUUGGGUUGACUUGGGCGAAUCAAGUGACUUGUCGCAUAAUGUUAUCAAGGACUAAGCAUCAAAUAUCUGUACCAAAGCAGGUUGUUAACAGUUCUGUGAUUGGUGGUUUUCAGACAUGUGUCCGACAUUUUGAAGUGAUUUACGCUCCACAUUUACCAAUGUUAAAGGUUCCGUUCAUUGUUGAUCAGGAAGGUAUUAAAGCAUUAACUUGAUGUCCAGUUA